AUGGGAAGUCUACCGCGUGAGCGUUUGGCGCACCACAUGGCGCCGUUCACCUAUACAGGAGUGGAUUACUUUGGGCCCAUCGACAUCAUUGUUGGAAGACGGCACGAGAAGCUCUGGGGUGUUCUGUUCACAUGCCUCACAAUUCGUGCCGUACACCUGGAUAUCGCAACAUCACUGUCAACCGACUAUUUUCUUUGUAUUCUAAAGGCAUUUAUAGCGAUACGUGGUUGCCCGCGACGAAUGAUGUCCGAUAAUGGGACUAACUUCCGAGAUUCGAUCACCGUGAAUGACAUUGUUGUUAUCGCAGAUGAGAAUGGCAAACGAAACAGCUGGCCCAAAGGGUUGUGGCAGAUGUUCACCGAUCGAGAAGACAGUCAGUACCGAGUACCGUAG